AGCAAGUAAAAGUUAUCAUCAAUGGGCUGAAGUGAGUUGUUCAUAACAAGAUUGCCAUCUCAAAUAUGUAAUCAUUUUUCACAAAAUGAAGCAUAGCCCAAUUUAGAUUUGACUGCCAUACUUAUAUAGUCAUAUACUCAUAUGAUCAUAUCAUAUGAAUGAGAAUUUCAUUUACUUAAUUAAAUUUCCCUUUGACACACACCAAACUGCUUCUCCGCUACUGUCUCGUAGCAGCUGACACAGAGAGAAGAAGGAGGAGAGAGAAAGAAGGAACGCGAGAUAAAAAUGGAGCAACCUGAAGAACAAGACAUCGACAUGACUUCUGCUGCUGAUAUUAACGACAAUGAGCCUGAUGUGGAAGAUAUGAGAAAGAGAUUGAAGGAAAUGGAAGAUGAAGCCGCUGCUCUUCGUGAGAUGCAGGCUAAAGUUGAGAAAGAGAUGGGCGCUGUUCAAGAUCCUGCUGCUGUAGCUGCUGAUCAAGCAAACAAGGAGGAAGUUGAUUCUCGGUCAGUGUUUGUGGGAAAUGUUGAUUAUGCUUGCACGCCUGAAGAGGUGCAGCAGCAUUUUCAGUCAUGUGGAACUGUAAACAGGGUAACCAUUCGGACGAAUAAAUUUGGACAACCAAAAGGAUAUGCUUAUGUGGAAUUUUUAGAGACAGAGGCUGUUCAAGAAGCACUCCGUUUGAAUGAAUCUGUUCUGCAUGGCCGCCAGUUGAAGGUGACAGCAAAGAGAACCAACGUUCCAGGAAUGAAGCAGUUUCGUCCUAGGCGCCCAAGUCCUAUUAUGGGAUAUGGAUUUAGGGGUGCAUACCCACCACCAUAUUUUUACUCACCUUAUGGAUAUGGGAAAGUCCCAAGGUUCAGAAUGCCAAUGCGUUAUGGCCCUUAUUAGUUUCAUAAACAAAACAAAACAAAACAAAACAAAAAAGAAUAUUUAUUAGAACAUAAACUGUUGAGGAUGGUAAGUCGAAGGAAAUAUAUGAUGACACCCUCUUGUCAUCGAUCAUCAUCGGAGUUGGCAACUCUUAUGAGGAUUCUCGGAGGAUAUUUUUGAUAGCAGCAACUAUGCGUGUUUUCUGAUUAACAAUGUAAUUAUGUGUUUGAGCUUUCUGAGGAUGAUAUAAUUGCCGUAGUUAUGAAAGUUAUUUCUUGCCCUUUUCUUUCCUGUCUAUUUUAGGUCCACUAGUGGCGUGAUCGCACGAGGAGAGGCGAAAAUGGGGGAAAGUGACUUGAUCUUUCCUAAGUCCAUAAACAUGCCAAACACGCCAUCAAUCAAUCUCUUCUUGAUGAUGAGGGUGAAAUACAACUCAUUGUUGUUUUAUGAAUUUGGAUUUGGUUUCUUUAUCAUCCAUGAUUUGGCCA